CACUAAUACUUGUUUGUUUUUGUUACCACAUAUAUUAUCUUCUAAGUGGAAGAAAGCCAGUGUGUCCAGCGCCGUCGAACCGUGAACGUCUGAGAAUGGGAAUUAAUCAAACUCGAGCCAUCUUUUUGUUUAUCCUCGCGAUAAAUUUAUUAUCGUAUUCAAAUGCUAAUAAUCCUGUCUCGUCUGAAAAUAGCCGCAUAAAAAUUCUGGCAAUCUUUCCUCAUCCGGGUAAGAGCCAUUUCUUCGUGUUCAAACCUUUCAUCGAAGAGUUAGCACGUCGAGGCAAUGAAUUGACGGUGAUUUCUUAUUUUCCGAGAACCGAGAAGGAUGAACAUCUUCCCACUUACAAGGAUAUCAGUUUGGCCAAUAAAGAGAGUGACGUGUUUUUAAACGUAGUCAAUUUGAACGAAUUUAAACGGACGUCUUACAUUUAUGAAUAUUUCAGCAAUAUAUUCAUGUUGUCCUACAUGAGAUCCAUAGCUUGUGAAAAUUUGAGAAAUCCAGGUGUAAAGAAACUGAUCGAAAAUGGGGAAAAAUUCGACCUGGUACUGGUAGAGAAUUUCAACACUCAUUGUUUCAUGAGCCUUGUGUAUAAAUUGAACGUACCCUUCAUAGAUAUAUCUACUCAUCAGCCAAUGCCAUGGGCUAUAUAUAAUUUUAGACUUUCCAACGAUGCCAGUUUCAUACCUAUGUCGUUGACUUCGAUUUUAAAACCGAUGAAUCUUUUUUAUAGAACGAUAAACGCGUUGUCGCUAUACGUUUCAUCGGGGAUAUAUUGGACGAUUUUCCAGUGGAACGAUCAGGCUAUAGUGAAAGAAAUUUUCGGCCCGGAUGUACCGAAUGUGAUGACGAUAAACAAGAACGUAUCCGUUUUUUUCAUUAACACGCAUUACACUAUUCACGGUGGAGCCUCUUAUCCGCCGAAUGUCAUCGAAGUGGGCGGAAUUCACAUCGAAUCGAAGAGAAAACCAUUGCCCCGAAACAUAGCCAAAUUUCUGGACGAGGCUCACGAGGGUGUUUUGUAUUUCAAUCUCGGUUCGAUGAUCAAAAUGUCUACGAUACCGAAGGAUAAAUUGAACAUAUUGAUCAAAGUGUUUCGUUCCAUUCCUAGAAAAGUGAUUUGGAAAUGGGAGCAGGAUGACAUUCCGGAAUUACCUGGCAACGUCAUGAUCCAGAAAUGGCUGCCUCAGUACGAUAUAUUAAAUCAUCCGAACGUCAAGUGUUACUUCGGCCACGGUGGCCUUCUCGGGUUAACGGAAGGGGUUCAGAGCGGGGUCCCGAUGAUACUGAUGCCCAUCUUCGGUGAUCAAUAUUCGAACGCGGCCGCGGCUCAAUACAGAGGCGUCGCUAUUAUCCUGGAAUACAACGAUUUCACCGAGGAAAAGCUGAGAAGCGCCAUGGACCAAAUAUUCAAUGACACGAGGUAUGGAGAGAACGCCAAGAGGCUUUCGAAAGCUUUUAAAGAUCGGAUGACCAGCCCUCUGGAGACGGCGAUAUGGUGGACGGAGUACGUGGCACGUGGGAACGGUUUGCCAUACGUGAAGAGCGAGGCGAUAACCAUGCCUUGGUACGAACGUCACCUCAUCGAUGUGCACGCCAUCUUCGUACUCUUCUCUUUGCUCGCCCUUUACGUCCAAUACAGGAUAGUAAAGUACGCGUUUGCCUACGUUCUGAGAUCGGAGGACGCGGGUAGUAAAAAGCGAGCGAAUCUCUCGAAGAAGAGGGAUUGAAAUCUUUGGAUAAUGAAUAAUGCGAGGAGAUGUCUCGCGAGAUGGAUACGAUGAUGGAUGGUGUUUGUAAAGCGUGAAUACGAGAAUACGAGAACGAACUGACGGAAUAAGAAAAACAAUCGUGCAUCGUGUCUGCAAAUAUUCUCCUCUCUCUUUCUUUUCUUUUCUUUUUUCCUUUCCUUUAUUUCUCUCUCUCUCUCCUUUCUUUAUCCAAAAACUAGUUUCGAAAAAAAAAAAAAAAAGAAAAAACUGGAGUCGUUCGUUGGACGAACCAGCUCUCCUUUGCUCGAGGCGAAUUUCGAUCUCGGCUAUUGUUUCGAUAAUAAGCCAAUCAACGGAGCCUUUUUCAACGCUCAACUCCCAGCUCGGUCGAUAAAUUAAAUCAUCAACGUCUGGAGGCGGCGCGUGUUCGUAAUUCCGAUUACAGUGGCCGACAGAGUCGGAAGCCUGGCCAAUUUUCGCGGAUGCUCCUUCUUUCCGCCCGCCCCUCUCUUCUCCCGACCAUCUCUUUACAACGGAACGAGAAAGAGACCGCGUGACUGGGUGGACUGUAAACGGAGAGGGAAGGCAAGAUUUGCGAAAAAAGGACGGACAAUCUCGGAGGAGAAACCGGCGAAAGAGCGAGGUAGACGACGGUAGAAGACGGUGGAGGGGGGAGCGAAGAAGACGCGAAAGGUGGGGGAAGAAAGGAGAGAGGAGCAGCUUUGCGGGCAUUACCCGGUAUUUCCCAGGUGGCCGAGUCACCGACUGCGUCAACUGGCUUCGGUUCCCGCAACAACGGCAAAAGGGAACAACGAGGCUUUACCGCGACAAGCAGGCGGCUGCAUUGGUUGGUUGUAGCUGCGUUCACAGAUAACACGGAAUCGACGGUGUACCGCGGAGCGCUUUGGAACUACGAGGACGGGACAGAAGACGGGUUGGAGAAGAAAAAGAAAACGAGCUCGACGACGACGACGACAACAACAAAGAUGGAUCGCGUCCAACAUCGGCGGAUUAAACGAGGAUCGGAUGUUUGCCUCUCGUUUCGUUCGAGUCUCCGUUUUCUCUUUCCACGGAUUUUCGCAUGAAUCGGUCGUGGAGGUGGCGCGAAAACACGGCGCGGGAUACAGGAUAAAGGAUUCGUCGAGAUUCCGACUCUUCUCUCGACGAGAUAAAACUUGUUUCGAUAUUAUUGCUCCCUCCUUCUCCUCUCUUCUCCCUCGCCAUCACGAACGAUUAAUCUUUGAAAGAAUACGGGGGCCAAUGCUCGAUCGAUUUCUCGAGUUGUUUCGUCGCCACUUGAAAAAUAUUGCGAUGGAUCCGUGGGAUGGAUGAUAUAAUACAGCGAUAUUUCGAGCGAAUGCUUCGAUUCCCAUCAUCCCCUCCAUCCAAACAUCGAAGCGGCCGGCCCUGGGAGAGCAUCUAAUGCAUCGGAGAACGGAGUUCCGUGGUCGGAAGGACGGAUCCCGUUUCAACGGAUUGUUCCGUGCUUGCGCCAGAUUGCGUCAAAUAUUUACUUGACAAAGUUUACGCCGCAAAAUGCGUCCGCGAAACAUUAUUCCACGGGAGAGCGUGUAUACGCAGCGCGCGGAUUACUUGGGAGUGACCAACAGUUUGUCGUGGGAAGAGCUGUGGUGGUGGAAGGGAAGAACGAACGGGGAGGGGUUUCGGGGAGAAAAUACGCGGAUUUUCUCGGUCGUUGCGGUUUCCCCCGCGAUUCUCGUUCCUUUUUUUUUCCCCUUUCUUUUUUCCCUUCCGCAAGCUUUUACAAUCGAAAAAGCGACUCGUCGCCGCGCGAAACGACGAUGGACGAUCGAGAAUCGAAACUUCGUUUUCGCGCGUAAAAAUAAAACUCCCCUGCUUGUGUGCAGGAGCGGCGAUCAUCGUUGUUUUUCGAAGCGGUCGAAAAAUUUGAGAGCCAGUGGGGAAAACUCGCGUUUUUCGCUCGGUAGCUCGACAUCCUAUGCUACGACGAUAUUUACCGAUGGAGAGGAGAGAAAGAGAGAGAGAAAGAGAGGGGAGAAGUACUCGCUUCAAAGAGGAAGUUUCCUUCUCGCAAAUUUCUCGUUUCUCUCUCUCUCUUUCUGUGGACGGACAGGAAGCAUUUUAAAAAGCGAUUCGAGAAGGGAAGGGAAGAAGAAGAAGAAGAGGAACUGGAGGAGGGGGAAAAAAACGUAGUACUAGUGUACUUUUUCGCCGGCGUAAUGGAAUGUAAAGUUGCCGAUUAAAUUGCGUCUUUAAGCGAUCCUCACCGGUGAGAUAUAUUUUUUGUAAAAAUACAGGGCUGAGUAACUGAGAAAUAUCGUUAGCCCCGAUGUCCCUCUCCACCUCCUCCAUCGUUGCUCGCCGAGUUCAAAAACCCAUUACCCCCGUCCCGAGAUACAGGGAAAAGCGGGAUUGCCUCUCGCCCGGGCACGCCGUGUUGUCACAGGAAAUAUUUUUUCAAGUUAUAUUUCCGCCGUCGAAACACCGGCCAUCGCCCGUUAAGACGAUCUUCGCGGGGAUCGUCCACUUCGGGGCGGGACAAUUUCCCGCCAAUUAAAAAAUUAUAAUCGCACUUUUUAUUCGUACGAUAUAGAAAAGAAAAGUGAAAAAGAAAGGAAAAGAGAAGUAUAUAUUCGAUUUUGGAGGAAGGGAUGCGUACGAUUGUAAAUGUAAAAUCGAUUCUGUAAAGAAGAAGAAGAAAAAAAGAAAAUAUUGGAGAAAUUUUAA